AUAAAUUUAUUGGACUCAAUCCGCGAGUUGGAUAGGAUAAAUUGAAUAAAUAAUAUAAAAAAAUUCAGUCUGUGAUAAAUAAAUUGUGGACUGCACAAUUAAAUUAAAAUACAAAGGACCGUGAAUUAAACUAAUCUAACUAAAUCUUUUCUCUGUUGACUUGGACACCAAGCUGCAUUAAUUCAAAUUUAAUUAAAGUUUCUGCUGAGAUUUUCCUCCUCCGUCAUAUAUAAAUAAAAUGAAAAAAAACGUUGAUUAAGAUUGCGAAACUAACUACCCAUAUCCACCCCCUCAUUCCACGUUAAAAACCGUCCCUUUCUUCCCCCACUCCAUAAAUCUCUCUCAUAUCUAUCAACCACAACCACCUCCUCUCUGUACUACUCAUUCACAAUCGUUUUUUUUUCCUACUUUCAAUUCUCUGCAAAUCUGCAAGAACUCACAAGAACAAGGCCAAUUCUUCUCAAUCUCUUCUCGAUCUAACUCAAGAAACCAAGAACUAAAGUGAGGGAGUUCCUGUUUCGUUCAGUUGCAAAUCUGCAAAGUUAAGGUAUACCCUUCUUCAAUCCCAAUUCCAUACACUUGCAUCCUCCAUGCCUUAGAUCGCUUAAGCUGUAAUUAUUUGAAAACAAUCCAAAAUUACGACAAUUCGGGAUUUCAAUUCAGAAUAAAGUUUGUAAUUAAAAACUUACCAAAAUUUUAGGACGGCUUUUAUGUUGGAAUGUGAGUUUCUGAAUUCUUGAUUAAUAUUGCAAGUGCUUGUUUUAAAAGGAAGAGUGUUUGUGUUGGAAAAAUGGAGUAUACGGCGUGUGUUUGGAGUGUGUCUUCUUUCUUCUUCUGUUUGUUUCUCAUACUAUUUCUUUGGGAGUAUAUGAAUUGGUAGUGUUUGUAAGAACAUGCGUAACGCAAGGGGCCGGGCCGCAUCUCGCGAGUCCCGGCCCGUCCCAUGCAUUACACGGAAGGGCGGCACGGCUCAGGCCCGUCCCGGUGACGCGUGACCGGCCUGGGGAGCGUCCCGCGUCCCGGCCCGGGACGGGGUUGCACGGUGACGGGCCGCAAGUCCCGCGUCCCGGCCCAGCGUUACACGGUCUUCGGGCCGGUACGCAAAUCCAAUUUUGUAUUUUUUUUUAAAUUCGAUGUCUAUAAAUACGAGCUUGCGUUCCAUCCAUUUCAAUCCCGCGUUCCAUUUCAAUACUCUAUUAUACCCUUUGUUUCGGCGCCAAUGGAUUGGUUCAACAGCGAUCAACGUGAGAUGGAGGAGUUCGUUAACUCGAACAAUUGGUACAUACCGUCAUCGCAACCAUCGCAGACACAACCUAGUCCGGGAGUCGGUAGCAACGGCGACAUUACAUCGCCGGUCAACACCGACGAGUUCGAGGUCAGUGAGAUGGAGCCCGCUCAAGAGCGGGGAAAGGAGAAGGUCGGGGAGGAGGAUGGGCCGAAGAUGUACACUCCGCCCGAGACAAUGUGGCUUGCGAGGAACUACAUCGACGUCUCCGAGGAUCCUAUCAUCGGCAACCAGCAGAACGGCAAGGCUUUUUGGGAGCGGAUUGCGCAGAAAUAUAACGCUGGCCGUCCGGAAGGGUCGAGCGAGUGUAGCUACGUGAAGCUGCGCAAGCAUUGGGGCCGGGUCCAGGCGGAUAUGAGCAAGUGGAACGGAAAGUGGGCCAACGUAGUCCGUAUGUGGCCGAGCGGGCACAGCGAGGCGGACCUCGUCGAGAAGGCAAAGGAAGCGUUCUUCACUGACGGGAAGAAGACCUUCAAGUACUUCGAAGUUUGGAAGCUCGUCGAGAAGAGCCCGAAGUACACCAGCGGUGCUGAGCCGGCGGCAACUGGGGCGGCGAAGAGAACCAAAGUUUCCGCCUCCGGAAACUACUCUUCGAGCGAAGGAGGUCCGGCGAUCGACCUCAACGUGACGGACGACGAUGUCUUCUACUCCUCUCCUAGCAUUCAGAGUGUUUAA